GGAACAACCCUCAAACACACAAAGCAGUAACAAACCAAAUUCCACCACCGUUCCUCCGCCCAUCAACCACCACCACCACCAUGGCACCACCACCGCACGAUCCGUCCCUUUCAUGUCUUCCAUCUCCGCGGCCGCCGCAUCUCUCGGCGCUAACAAUUCUACCGCCUCUACCUCAUCGGCCUCUAGUAUCUCACUCUCAACAAGCGCCUCCACGACUUCCGCCGCCGCCGGUGCUCCGCUGCAGAAUCUCGUCGACGCUUCCCUAGCAAUUGCCACGGUACCGGAAUCCCAACAGCUCCAAAUACAUCCUCCGCCGCCGCCGCCGAAGAGAUCCACCAAGGACCGCCACACGAAAGUGGACGGCCGCGGCCGGCGCAUCCGAAUGCCGGCGGCUUGCGCGGCGCGUGUUUUCCAGCUGACUAGAGAACUGGGCCACAAGUCCGACGGCGAGACAAUCGAGUGGCUACUCCAACAAGCAGAGCCCGCCAUCAUAGCCUCCACCGGAACCGGUACGAUCCCGGCGAACUUCUCCACCCUAAACAUCUCCCUCCGAAGCAGCGGCUCGUCUCUGUCGGCGCCGCCGUCUAAGUCCUCUCCUCACUCUUUCCACAGCUCAUUAGCCCUUUCGGCUCACAAUUACGAGGAGGGCUACUCCCAUAUGCUAGGAUUUCACCAGCCUUCUCAAUUCUUACCGCCGACCCAGAUCGCCGGAGCACUCCCCGGAGGCGGAGAUACCGGCGGAGCCAGGGGACCGGACGAUACCGAGAAUUACUUAGGGAAAAGAUACAGGGAAAAGGAAGAAGGGCCGAGUAAUCACCAAGGGGAAACUUCCGGCGGCCGGCGAGGCUCCGAUUCACCGGUGAACAAACAAUUCAAAGGAAGUCCGGCCUCCAGUACCCAAGAUUCUCCAUCCGGCGCGCCGUCCAGUGUAUUUCGACACCCAAAUAUGAUGCCGUCCGCCGCCGCCAUGUGGGCGGUGACUCAGGCGCCGCACAGCGUGUCCGGCGGUUUGUCGAUGCUUCCGGUGAGCGGCGGGCCGGAACAGGGGCAGAUGUGGGCAUUUCAUGCCGGGGCCGGAGGGGGGAAUGGCGGAUCCCUUCAAGCGCCGUUACAAUUCAUGUCGAGAUUCAGCAUUCCGACCUGCAAUCUUGAUUUUCCGGGGAACCGAGGGAGCCCAUUGCAGCUGGGGUCCUUGAUAAUGCCGCCGCCGCAGCCGUCGGGGCAAUUGGGAUUAGGAAUGGCGGAGGGGGGCAAUCUGGGAAUGUUGGCCGCUCUUAAUGCGUAUCAUCCAAGAGGCGCUCCGAAUAUGAAUUCCGAUCUUCGUCAUCAUCAUCAACAUCAGUCUCCAGAUCAUAGUGCACCCGAUGACCAGAAUGCCACUCAUUAGUCAUAUUUGAUGUAUAAUUGAAGCGUGAUUAAUUAGAAGAAAUGGUACAUGUGGUUUGUCAUCAAAUGGGGAUUUGCAUGCAGAUCAUGUUGAGGUAGUUUAUAUAUCUCUACAUUAGAAUACUUUAAUUAUUU